AUGCCACCAUCAAAAAAAAAUUUUGGUCCAUGUGCAAUUGAAAAUUGUCAAUAUGAAACUUCAAAUUUUUGUAACUUUACUGAACUUGCAGCAAAAAAAGCUCAAAAAAAACCAAAUAGAAAUAAUCCUAAUUAUUUUAAAAUCAAUAAAACUUUUCAAAACUUACAAAAAACAGAAAAAUCUUUUAAAUUAAAAUGGGAUAAUAUUUAUUUAGAAAUUUUAGAUGAUAAAAUAU